AUGUCUCAAGAAAAUUACACGUUGAGUGUGCCUUUGCCAAGUUUAAACAGGAGAGUCGUCACUCCCAAACGGAGACGAAUAUUGCAUCUAGUGGCCGACGAUUGGGACAACGGCGGCAUCACGCACGAACAUUAUUUCAGCUUAUUUAUAGACAGCGAUAAUUGGGCAGUCCGCUACUUUCAAGUUCAUUACUACCUCCGGCACAAUAUGCGCUCCUACUCUACUCUCUUACUUGUCUUCGUUUGCGCUCUUCUCGCCGUUAGCGUGCCUCUCGAGGAAAACGUCGCCAGCCCCACUGCCGCCUCAUCGCCUUUGCUCCCUCGCCCUUUGAGGUUCUUUGACAAACGCCAAUUUCAUAGUGCCGAUUACGAGGCGAGCUCGCCCCCGCCAAGGGUACCUUUCAAGCCUGCUUCAGCCAAUCGCCUGGUUUCACGAUCGAUGCUCGCCGAAGAUUCGUUGCAAGAUAGCAUGUUAGCAAAACACCGCGGCGACGGCCAUAGGGAUAUCAACUGGAGAGUGGCAAAGCCAAAGGAGAAAAGAAGGCUCGCAGAUACCCAUCCUCUUUUUGAGUCGGCAAAUCACCCCAAUACCAACCCUGAUACCCAAGUCGCGAAAUCCGUUGACAAAAAUGUAGCUGCGGUCGGCGACCUUCUGCCUCGUGAUUCAAAAGUCAACUUGAGCCCCGGCCUGAUCAAUCACAACCACCACGGCGACGAGAAUAAAUCUGUAACCGGACACCAUGGACACACCUCGGAGCUCGGUCAAGCUGCCCUCAAUGAACUCGAUGAAUAUUGCGAAGAUUAA